AUCAACAGACGUUAGGAGGCCAUUUUACUGCACCUGUUCACUCCACUUCAUAGACGAUGGAGGCCAGAGUUGUGUUCUUGUUCUGUCUUUUGGCAACUGCUGCCAGAGCUGCCAGUCCUUCCAAGUCUUGCAAAAAUGGUUUUGACCCUCCCAGCAUACGGCGUGCCAUCUUACAGGAUGCCUCUAUGAAGUGCUGUUACACCUGUGACAUUGAAGAGGAAGUUAUAUGGGCCCAGACUUUGAUCAUUUCCCCAAACAACAGCCUCAUUAUGGGUUUGAAUCUAACUAACAAACGAUUUGAAACUAAUCAAGAAAAAAAGCCAAACAUGCACUGCUCAAAUCUGAUAAUAAAAAACAUUGCGCUGCAUGAUGCAGGCCUGUAUCAGUGCAUUUUAACACAAUCAAACAACAGUUUUUUUACACCUGGGACAUUUUUACAAGUAUACAAGCCUGUACAAAUGAUCCUGAACAUUAAUGAGAGGACUAAGAACAGUAUCAUCACAGCUCAAGGUGUUCUCCUGUUGUUGGUUGUGCUGAUUCCAGGCACAAUGCUCAUCUGCAAGUCAAAGGGCUUGCAAGAGCUGGAGAAAAAGAAGAGCAAAGAGGAAGAAAAUAUUUAUGAGGGUCUCAACCUGGAUGAUUGCAAUUCCACAUAUCAUCAAAUUCAGCGGUCUCUCGUCCAAGGACCGUACCAGGAUGUGUGUAACAAUGACGAAGACGACAUUCAGCUGGAGAAGCCCUGAAUGUGUGGCUGUGAGGAGUCGGGAUCAAUUCAACCACAUACAAAUACAAUGUAGCUCUAUUGCCAAUGCUUUGUCAGCUGUAGCCUUUAUAACAGUGGGUUGAUUUUGCGAAGACAUUGCUGUUUUGAAAUAGUGUUAGCAUGCAAACUGUCAUACUUGGAUAAAAAAUAGAAAGCGCCACAGGCCAACUGGUUUCAGGAACUGAACUGAGUAAAGUUGAUGAUUUUCAGUGCUUCCAGGACAUAGUGGUAGGAUUAACAUGACAACAGACCAGAUAACUGCCAUUUCUGGUUUAAAUUUGCAUACAAAUACACAGUGAGAUUGUGUUCCACCCUUUGUGUAGAUAUUACAUAAAAACAAACAAAAGGCAAUCAAAAGUUAUUAAGAUAUGACAUUAAGCUUGCAGCACAAUUGUAUGGUGUUGCAGAAGGUCUGCUACAAGCUUUAAAAGAAUAUAUGUAUUUCUAUUCGACAUUUCCUGUUCAGUCCUGCUGAUAUUCAGCACAGCAGCACAUAAGCUUGUGCUAUAUUGCUUAAAUGAAAAGCCUUAUGUCUUUCUGUAAUGCUUUCAAUAAAGAUUUUUUA